AUGCAGCUCAACACCAAGACCAUCCUCCUCGCCAUCGCAGCCGCCCUCGCCUCCACCGCCGCCGCCUCGCCGGCGUCCCCCCUCGCCCGCCAGGCCGCCGACGAGCCCAAGGCCGACUGCUGCUCCUGCGACCUGCAGAACCCGGGGCCCAACUACAUCUGCCGCGUGCCGCCCGCCGGCGUCUGCGCCGUGCCGGCCAUCGCUUGCCCGCACGACCCGGCGACCCAGGAGCAGUGCUGCUGCUGCGACGUGUCCGUGCCGGCGAUGCGGUGCAAGGCGGUGCCCAAGGGCAGCGGGUGCAUCUGCACCAUGGUCAAGUGCCCCUUCCAGUUCGACUUGUCGUAUCUGCCGGUUUAA